UGUGGGGCCGAGGGUAGGAUGCACCGGCACAAACACAAGAUGCAAAGACGGGCAAUAAUUCAAGAAAUCGGGACGCAAACAUGGAUAACUUCAUUGGAUGCAAACUCAAAGCAGCGAAAGUGAGAAAUGCUGAGGAAGCAGAAAGUCUAGUCCUGUUGGAAGCAGUAAUAUGGGCAAAGGAAAAGAGACUGGAGAAACUAUGUUUUGUUAGUGAUGCUAGAUUAGUGAUUGCUUCUCUUAACUUAAAUAGUAACCAGCUAUAUUGGUACAAUAAAUCAGUCUUAGAGGACUGUAAAACAUUUAUUUCUAGUUUUCACUUUGUUCGGUUUGAAUUUUUACAAAGAAACCAUAUUAUUCUAGCUGAUCAAGCAGCUAAGUUUAGUAGAAGGUCUAGAACCUCAGGAGAAUGGUGGGGAAAUGUCCCUGAAUUUCUCAAUUCCUCGAUGUAAUCUUUCUUUUUUGCAAUAAAAUUAUUUUUCCUAAC